AUGUCCCAGAGACAGGACAGUGUGGCCUCCUCUGUGUCCAGCUGGAGGUGGCAGCAAUAUGUGACACAGAGGAUGAAGGCUGUUGGAAUGGAGUCACCGAAAAUUCCACUCAAAAUGGAGAAAGGUGAGGACUCCAUUAGCACCUUGGGCCUGAUUCUCGGCGUGGGGCUGUCGCUGCUGCUGGUCUCCAUCCUCGGCUACAGUCUGGCCAAGUGGUACCAGCGCGGGUACUGCUGGGAGGGGCCUAAUUUUGUCUUCAAUUUGUACCAAAUUCGGAACCUGAAGGACUUGGAGGUGGGACCACCCUUCACCAUCAGCGGCCACAUCGGAGGUCCAGACAGCGGUGGCGGCUACAUGAAGUUCUCCAAUGGGCUAGGCUGAGGCGGAGCCUAGCUCAGCUUUGGGGGCCUGGGAGAGGAAGAGGCUCCUGGGCCAGCAGCUCC